CGCCAUGUCGGAAGGCGUUGAUUCGCAGCCGGUGGCCCUUGGGGCUUCCCGGGUGGAGCUCCGCGUUUCCUGUUGGAGCCUCUCUGAGCGCGAAGGUACUAUCAAGCCUGACCCAUGCCUGGUGCUUCAGCUGCUCAGCGAGGAACAAUGGACCGAGGUGGGGCGCUCCGAGGUCCUCCGUGGGUCCCAGAACCCGGUCUUCGCACAUGUCUUUGCACUGGAUUAUUUCUUCGAGGAAAUGCAGGUCUUGAGAUUUGAAGUGUUUGAUGCUGACGGGGAGCCUGCCGAGAGGGUUGGGGAGGAAGCAGGAGUCCUCCUUGGGACGAUUGAAUGCACCUUGGGCCAGAUUGUCUCCCAGACCAAGGUCACAAAACAGCUGGUGCUGACAAACGGAGAGAUUGUGGAAAACUCAACUAUCACGAUCGAGGCUGAGGAGGUCUCCGCAACCAACGAGUUUGUGCAGCUGGAAUUUCACGGGCAAGAGCUGGACGACAAGGAUUUCUUCAGCAAAUCUGACCCAUUCCUGGAGAUCUAUAAGGUCAACAGCAACGAGACGGAGCACCUGGUUUGGAGGACGGAGGUGGUGAAGAACAACUUGAGUCCCCGGUGGCAAUCGUUCCGUGUCUCUAUGCAGUCUUUGUGUAGUUGCGACCCUGAGAAAGCUAUCCGGUGCGUCAUUUAUGACCAUGACUCUAGCGGAAAACAUGACUACAUUGGGGAGUUCAGCACCAAUUUCCAGGAGAUGAUGCCGGCUUCCACAGGAGAGGAGGUAAAAUGGGAGUGUAUUAACCAUAAAUACCAAGAAAAGAAGAAGCAUUACAAGAACUCCGGCUAUAUUGUUCUCACACAGUGCAAGGUGGAGAAAGUCCAUACCUUCCUGGAUUACAUUAUGGGCGGCUUACAAAUCUCCUUCACGGUGGCCAUUGACUUCACAGCCUCCAACGGGGACCCUCGGAGUGAGCACUCUUUGCAUUUCAUCAACCCCAAGGAGCCGAAUGAGUACCUGAAGGCCUUGUCUUCCGUGGGUGAGAUCUGCCAGGAUUAUGACAGCGACAAGCGGUUCCCGGCCUUUGGUUUCGGCGCACGGAUUCCUCCAGACUUUGAGGUGUCCCACGAUUUCGCAGUCAACUUCGAGCCGGACAACCCGGAAUGCGAAAGGAUCGCUGGGGUGAUUGAAGCCUACAAGCGCUGCCUGCCCCAGAUCCAGCUCUACGGACCCACCAACGUCGCCCCCAUCAUCAACAAGGUGGCAGCCCCUGCGGCUGAGGAAGAGAAAACCGGGAUGCCCACGAAAUACCGUGUGCUGCUGAUCCUCACGGACGGCGUGGUGAGCGACAUGCCGGAGGCGUGUGACGCCGUGGUCCGGGCCUCGCGACUCCCCCUCUCCAUCAUCAUCGUGGGCAUCGGGAACGCCGACUUCUCGGACAUGCGGGAGCUCAAUGGCGACCGCGGCAUGCUGGAGUCGGACGAGGGCAGGGCCGUCCGUGACAUCGUCCAGUUUGUGCCCGUCCGGGAAUUCAAGAAGGCCCCCCCAAAUGCACUUGCAAAGCACGUUUUGGCUGAGGUGCCCAAGCAGGUGGUGGAAUACUACGGCAGCAAAGGCAUCGGCCCUGUGACGCAGAGGUCCACCUCCCCACCGCCCCAGUGAGACCCACAUGCACCUUUCCCCAUGGGCAUGGUCUGUCCAGCACCUUAAUGUGCCUGUUUCUCUGUCCCCACACCUCUGUCUUCCAGCCCUCGUGGUCCCUUAGGAACCCCCCCCUUCUGCCUCUUCUGGUGGGGAAGAGAGAGAAAGAGAGAGAGAGAUAGAGAGAGCGCACUUCGCCUCUGGCCUCGGGCCUUCACCACGACUCAGGACGGCAGCUGGAACCGCACUCCAUCCAGAUGUUCCCAGCUGUUCCCCAUCUCCCCCCUCACAGAUCCUCACCCCGAAUAGCCUGUGACGGUUGCCUCCCAUCUCCUUUAAUAAACGAGAUCUCUUGAACACA